AUGAAUUCGAGUUCAAAACGAAUGUUAGCGUUGGUGAAAAAUGAUGAUAAAGGUACGGAUGUAGAUCAAAGAAUAUUAGUUAAUAAUAACAAUGGUAUAGAAAAAUCAGAAGAGCAGUCAACACACAUUACGGACGAGUCAAUUGCAGCAGAUUCCGUUCCUGAACAAAAUGAAGAUCCUUUUAUGCCUGUAGGUGAAAUGAGUCCUAUUACCUUGAUUUCCCUCCAUCAGAAACCUCACAGGUACAUAGUAACAUUAGAUCUCCAACGCCGUUGA